AUGCUGGAGAUCGAGGAUAGCGAGGAUAACAGUGACAAUAUAAUACUACGACCAACUUUCGCGACGUCUACACCGCCACGGAAGGAGAAGUCUGUCGUGGAUGUGGGGACCCUGCGUGGGAUGAACCGUAAGCAGAUGGAGGCGGAGCGGUUGGCACGGAAGAAGGCGGCUGUGGCGCCAGGCCCGUUUUACGGGGGGACGAAAAGCGUCGGCGGGAAUGAGUGGACGGUGGGGAGGAUGGAGAGACCGGCGUGGAAGACUGGGUCUGGGGCUACGAGUUCAACGUCGAAGGUGACAACGCCCGAGCCAGCGAAGGUCAGCCCUUCAACCCGCCAGCUCAAGAAGGAAGAUGCUCCGAAAGCACCAACAUUGGCCAAGUCUCCGCUCAAGUACCCCCACGGCGUCGUCAAAAAGACUUUUAAACAGUUCUCGCCCCAAAAAUCCGACGAAGUAAGGAUUGAGGAUGUUCUUGAGGUGGACACGCUACAGACUACGUUGCUCUCGGCGUUCCAGUGGGAUUUUGAGUGGAUCCUGAGUAAGCUCCCGGUCUGCAAGACGGUACUAGUAAUGCAAGCCAAAGGUCCUGAGGAGCGCAAGAUGAAGGAACGCCUGUUCGCAGAGAUGGAUCAGAUCGAACUAGUGUUUCCAUUCAUGGAUGGCCAGGUCAACUGUAUGCACAGCAAGCUUAUGCUGUUGUUUCAUCGUGACAAGUUGGGGAGAGAGUGGUUAAGGGUUGUUGUUCCCUCAGCCAAUCUGACAGAUUAUGAUUGGGGGAGGUGUGAAGGGAUCAUGGAAAAUAUGGUGUUCAUGAUCGACCUGCCAAAGCUGGAGGAACCAAUGCCGGAGCAGACAUUCUUCCUGGAUGAGCUGUUGCAUUUCUGCGCCGCUCAGACAAUCCCUUCGCAUAUCCUCACCGCCUUGCUUUACUACGACUUCAAGGAGACCGCGUCGAUGGCGUUUGUCCACUCCAUCGGCGGAAGUCAUGGUGGUGAUCUUUGGGAGAGAACAGGCUAUUGUGGGCUGGGCAGGGCUGUCAAGACGCUGGGGUAUCACUCGGGCGAGGGAUUGGAGGUCGACUACGUGACCUCGUCACUUGGCGCAGCAAAAGAAGAUUUUCUCUCCAACAUCUACCGCGCAGCGCAGGGCCACACUGGUAUCAAAGAGCUCCAACGGCGCAACAAGACGCUCAAAUCCGCUCCGCAAAAGAAAGGCGCCAUCUCCUCCUUCUUUGGCAAGAAGUCCGAAGCGGAACAAGCAGACGAAACUACCGAUGAUGACGACAGUUUUAGUGAGGAAACGAACUGGAACAAUAUCCAGAAGCGGUUCCGCGUGUUCUUCCCCUCAAAGAAUACCGUCGAGGAGAGCGAGGGCGGCGUUAAUAACGGCGGCACCAUCUGCUUCCAGAGGCAAUGGUGGAAUGCACCCACCUUUCCAAAGAAUCUACUCAUGGAUUGCAAGAGCGUUAGGAAGGGGACAUUGAUGCAUAAUAAGGUGCUAUUUGCUCGCCCGUCGAAGCUACUGAACUCGAAACAUGGAAAAAUGGCAGCGUGGGCGUAUGUGGGCUCUGCCAAUCUGAGUGAAAGCGCCUGGGGAAAACUGGUGGUGGACAGAGCCACGAAAGCUCCCAAGAUCAACCUCAAGAACUGGGAAUGCGGUGUUAUCGUUCCCGUCUCGGCCAAGAACUUGGGCCCAACGCUGUCGGGCGUCACGCCGGAGUCGGGAACGCCAGCUUUCUCGGUGUUCCACGGCGUCGUGCCGGUGCCUAUGGAGACGCCGGGUGAGCCGAUGGGAAAAAAUGUGCCGUGGUUCUUUAUGGAGCAGAUGUAG